CUUGAAUAUCCGAACACGCUUUACUUGACAUCGGUGCUUGACACUUGUUUGACGUUGACAUGACAUUUGACAAUUUAAAUUUUGUUUAUUUUUGAGUAGCACAUUAGGAUUUAAAAAAUAAUUAUUUUCUAUUUAUUUGAGACCCGUCUAUCGAAACUAUUUUAGAGGAACAAUUCGUAAAGCAAACUGUUAUACAUGAAAGUCGAAAUGGAAGAUAUAGACGAUAUUACAAUUUGUGAUUCUGUGUCCUCGUUAAUAGAGGGAUGCAGACUUCCAGUACAUAUGGUAGGAACUAAUGAUUGGCCAUUGGCUGAAAUCAUCAGUAUUAAGGAAGUUAAUGGUUCCAAAUGUUAUUACGUACAUUAUGUUGACUUUAAUAAACGUUUGGAUGAAUGGAUUACAGAAGAAUCCUUGGAUACUAGAAAAGUCCAUUUUCCUAGAAAGGAUGCAGGAGGAUGUAGCACAGGAGUAUCAACACCUAAAAAAGUACAAAUAGGAGGUGGAGGUAGUGUUGGAAGUGUAGGUAGCAUUGGAGGAGGAGGUAGUGUUGGAGGCGGUGGUAGUGUUGGAGGAGGAGGAAGUGGUAGUAUAGUUACCGGUGGAGCUAUCUCAAGACCUUCUUCUCCAAUAAACAAUGUCGAAUUACUAAAUGGAAAUGCAGUCUUAGCAGCAGCUUUGCAAAAACGAAUAAAUAGAAAAAGGAAAGGACCUUCUUUGGAAAGUGAGGAUUCCCAAGAUGCUCCUCAAAGUUUGGUGGCUGGUCCUAGACAGUCUGGAAGUAUGGUAUCACAUCACGACGAUAUUGUUACUAGGAUGAAGAAUAUAGAACUAAUUGAAUUGGGAAAACAUAGGAUAAAGCCUUGGUAUUUUGCACCUUAUCCACAAGAAAUGGUGAACUUAGACUGCAUAUACAUUUGUGAAUUUUGCCUGAAGUACAGAAAAAGUCGGAAAUGUCUGGAACGCCAUCUAGCUAAAUGUAAUUUAAGGCAUCCACCAGGCAACGAGAUUUACCGGAAGGAUAAUAUAUCAUUUUUUGAAAUCGACGGCAGGAAGAAUAAAGUCUACGCUCAAAAUUUGUGUUUGUUGGCCAAAUUGUUUUUAGAUCACAAAACUUUGUAUUACGAUACGGAUCCUUUUUUAUUUUAUAUUAUGACAGUGUUAGAUAACAGGGGGUUUCACAUAGUGGGGUAUUUUUCCAAGGAAAAGGAAUCGACAGAAGAUUACAAUGUUGCCUGUAUACUUACCAUGCCGCCGUAUCAAAGGAAAGGAUACGGUAAACUCCUUAUAGAAUUUAGUUAUGAAUUAUCGAAAUUCGAAGGUAAAACUGGUUCGCCGGAAAAGCCUUUGUCCGAUUUAGGUCUAUUGUCGUAUCGCAGUUAUUGGGCGCAAACGAUAUUAGAAAUUCUACUGUCAAUGAAGCCAGUAGGAGAAAAUGAAAAGCCUCAAAUUACAAUCAAUGAAAUAUGCGAACUUACUAGUAUCAAGAAAGAGGAUGUGAUCUCAACUUUACAAAAUCUAAAUUUAAUAAAUUAUUACAAAGGUCAGUAUAUAAUAACGUUAAGUAAAGAAACCAUCCAAAGUCAACUGAAGGCCAUGGAGAGUAGAAAAAUUAGGAUAGACCCGAAAUGUUUGCAUUGGACGCCGAAAGAUUGGGGGAAAAGGGCCAAAUGCCUGGUUCCCGUCCUUCCCAACAUCCUUAAUCAUUCUUGAACCAAAAGAGGAGACAAAAAUAUUAAUUAUAAUGUUAAUAUUUUUAUUUGUUUUAUUAAAUACAAAAGUGUUAAAGAG